CGACCAUCUACCCACCUCUAUUCAGGAUACCAGUUUUCUUGUUUCUUCAACCAAAUACCCCCAGCUUGCCAAAAUGACACAACUUCCCUAUGCAGUGGAUGCGGAAACUCCGCUCAACCCCGCCGAGCUCAAUGUUCUCCGGGCGCAAUAUGAGAAGGAGGGAGAGAUGGUCGGCGUCCAGACCAAGUUCAACUACGCAUGGGGCCUAGUAAAGUCCAACGUACGAGCCGAUCAACACCUCGGCGUCAUGCUGCUAUCAGAAAUCUUCCGAACAUCCCCCGAGCGCCGCCGCGAAUGCCUAUACUACCUCGCCCUCGGCAACUACAAGCUCGGUAACUACGCGCAAGCGAGGAAAUACAACGACGCCCUCCUAGAAAACGAGCCGGCAAACCUCCAGGCCGCCAACCUUCGGACUCUGAUUGACGACAAGGUGACCAAGGAGGGCUUGAUGGGCGUGGCCAUCAUUAGUGGUGUGGCGGUUGCCGCCGGUGUCAUAGGAGGCGUUUUGCUCAGGAACUUGGGCCGCAAGAGGUGAUGGGUAGGGGGGUGAGCCGGUCGCCUGAUGGGUGAUGACAUAUGGCACAAGGUGAAAAGGCAGAAGAGGCCGCUCCUUGAUGACGAUAUGGGACAGCAGGUUCCGGUGUGUAUAUUAUGGGCUAUGAUUUGACGAGCUGAAUCCUCUUUUCCUUCUUUAAACUUCCGAUAACUGGACUACAGACAUUCCCGUCUAUAACACAUGGGCGAUUGGGU